AUGCCUAACGGCGGCUCGGUGGGUGCGUACUCGGCGUCGCACGGCGUGGACAUGAUCCGGCAGCAUGUGGCAGAGUACAUCGCGCGGCGGGACGGCCACCCCAGUCGCUGGCAGGACGUGUGCCUCUCCGCCGGCGCCUCCACCGCCAUCAAGAACUGCCUGCAGCUGCUGUGUAACCCCGUCGAUGGGAAGCCGUCGGGUGUGAUGAUCCCGAUCCCGCAGUACCCGCUGUACUCGGCGUCGCUGGCGGAGUACGGUCUGCGGCAGGUGCACUACUACCUCGACGAGCCGCGCGGCUGGGGGCUGGACGUCGGUGAACUAGAGCGCUCGCUCACCGACGCCGCGAAGGAUACCGCCGUGCGGGCGAUCGUGGUUAUUAACCCCGGGAACCCUACUGGACAGGUGUUGACUCGCGAGAACAUCGAGGCGGUGAUAAAGUUCGCGCACGCGCACCGCCUGUUCAUCUUCGCGGACGAGGUCUACCAGCACAACAUCUACGCCGAGGGCAGCCAGUUCCACUCCUUCAAGAAGGUGCUAGUAGAGAUGGGCGCGCCUUACGUGAACGAAGUGGAGCUAGCGUCGUUCAUGUCGGUGAGCAAGGGCUACAUGGGGGAGUGCGGGCUGCGCGCCGGCUGGAUGGAGCUCGUCAACAUGCAGCCCGAGGUCCAGGCUCACCUCUACAAGGCCAUCUCCGCCAUGCUGUGUCCCGCCGUCACCGGGCAGAUCGCUAUUGAUUGUGUGGCCAAGCCCCCCGCGCCCGGCGAGCCGUCAUACGACCUGUGGCUGUCGGAGACGACGGCGGUGCUGGCCUCGCUCAAGAAGCGCGCGCGGAUGAUCGUCGACACCUUCAACAACAUGCCCGGUUUCCAGUGUAACGAUGUGCAGGGUGCUAUGUACGCAUUCCCGAGCAUCGAACUACCGCCCAAGGCGAUCGAGGUGGCCAAGUCGAAGGGGCUCGCGCCAGACGUCUACUACGCGUUCAGGCUGCUGGAGGAGACAGGUAUCUGCAUCGUCCCCGGCACCGGGUUCGGCCAGCGUCCCGGCACGUUCCACUUCCGCACCACCAUCCUGCCGCAGCCGCAGCUGCUGCAGGAGAUGCUCGACAUCUUCAAGGGUUUCCAUACCAAGUUCACCAAGGAGCACUCGUAAGUGCACUCGGUGGGUGAAGGCGGCCGUGGGUGAAGGGUUACCCUGGGUGAAAUUUUACCCUGGGUGAUGCGUUACUUUGGGUAAAGCAUUAUUUGGGUAAAACGCUGUCCUGGGUGAAGUCUUACCCUGGGUAUAGUGGAACUCUCGGUGAUGCGUUACCCAGGUAUGAUAGUACAUAAUUAUACCUACCCUGUGAUGAUUAUAAGUGAAGUUUUACCAUCAGUGAUGCAUUGUCCUGGGUGAAAUGUUACCCGAGGUAUUUGGUUACCUAGACACAUUUUUCACUCUGGCUUCUCGAGGUGCAGCGAUACUUUGUUAUGGUGAAUAGUAAUAUAGUGUAGUAGCACCCUGGGUUAAAUAUUACUCUGGGUGACUCGUCACCAUAGUUGCAUGUUAUAAUAAUGUUGGCAUAAUAGUAUUUUCUAAAUGCAUUUUGCAUAGCCUUAUUUAAUUUAUGUACAGAGUAUCACAAAAACUUACAGUAAUAUUUUACAGAUUAUUGUUUUAAUAUUAUUAUCAAAUAAGAUGUGUUUAUAAAAGACAGCCAAGAAACCUAUGGUAUUAAAAUUGAAUAUUUUUAUUAUUUUCUUUGAUCACUUUGUUUCUUUUAUUCUUUAAUGUUUGUAUAUUAUUAUACGUAGUAUCUUUUAAUUUAAAUUGUUCUGUGAUUUUGUGACGUUUUGGAGUCGAGAAUUAUUAUUGUAUUUUCUUAUAAAUACAUAAAUCAAUCGAAAAGAAAGCAGCGCGUGGUUUUUACAGCAUUUAUAACUUUUAUACAAACAAAGCACAAGUCAGUAUAAUAUUACAUACUUUAAUAAUUGAUUUAUUUACAAAUUGUAUAUUAUAAGAUUAAUUGAAACAAAAAGGACGUAUUAUAUUUCUGAGCUG